GGAUGGCAGCCGCCUCAGCGUGAGCUUCGACAACCGCAGUCCCUGUCGUACCAUCAUCUUCGUGCCAUCGUGGGUACACAGCCGAAGGCUUCCAAAAUCGCGCCAGUGGUUGCAGAGUUUGCGCGAAUUGUCAUGGUACCACUUGCUCCCACUGAGGCGCCUCCAGUGCCUAUGCACAAUGUCCUUCAGGAAGAGUGGAGAGGCGUCCCACCCGGUUCCAAACUCAUUCGUUCCAGCCUCAACCGGUUAAACGGGGAAUUUGGUCCACAGCCUUUGGAUUGUGAAACGCCGCAAAACUACUGUACCUUUGGCAUUUUCCGCUCCCCAGAAGCCUUUGUGCAGUAUGCAGUGCAGGUCGGUCACCCCAUAAAUCUGGCUAACUGCCUACCGCAGGUCCUAGCUGAUGCCCUAGCAGACAGUGUUCGCUUGUCUCCUAAAGACCUAAUGCAAGCCAGGUCUGAGAAGCUGAAGUCGUGGAUAGCUCGUGCAAGGGAACUGAGGCCCCAAGAAGACGCCCUGCACAAGAGCCUUCCGUCUCACGCUCAGUUGAUCUUGGCACCGAAAAGGAUCCUCCUCUGGAAGUCCCUGCUGGAGGAAUUCGGGUACCCCGAUCCGGAAGUGGUUGAUGAAGUUGUGAAUGGGACAGAGCUGACAGGUCAAGUGCCCUUCGUGCCGUGUUUUGAUCUAAACUUUAGACCAGCUUCUAGUUCUGUGGAUAACUUAAAAAGGAACGCUGGCGCUUCGAACCAAGCUAUCUUUCACUCGGUAAGAAGCAGUGGUGAUGAUUUCAUUGACUCGGAGGUGUACCGCGAGACCAUCGCAGAGCUCGAGUCGGGGGGGGCAGUGCUCAGUCGCCGUUUUGGCAUUAAGCAGUCAAGCGGUGAAAAGGUCAAGGUGCGUCUGAUUGAUGACCUGUCGGCCAGUGGAAUAAACUCCACAGUCCAGGUUCAGUGUAUGCCGAAGCUUCACACCCUGGAUGUUGUUGCCUCAGUGGCACUUGAGCUGACUAAGUCUGGCCGGACCUUCGACUGGCUGGGUAAGACCUUUGAUCUGGCCUCCGCGUAUAGGCAGCUUGCUUUGUCCAGCAAUAGCCUUUGGGCGUCCUUUGUGGUUUGCUUUAAUCCCGAGCACAGAAAGCCAGAAAUCUUUGCCAUGCGCGCCUUGCCGUUUGGUGCAAGCAGGUCAGUGUACAGCUUCCUUCGAGUUUCGCGCUCCUUGUGGUGGCUAGGGUGCAAAGCCCUCUCGUUGGUGUGGUCGUCGUUCUUUGAUGAUUUCAUAACCUUUGCCAGGAGGGCCGAGGCCGAACCUUUGAAUGGUGCGGUUCAUGCCUUCUUCCGCAUCCUAGGCUGGGAAGUGUCUGGCGAAGGAAAAGACCAGGACUUCUCUUCUCGAUUCUCGGCCCUUGGGAUUGAAGUGUCAUUAGACCGCUUUGCGCUGGUGUGGUAG